AUCAUGGGUGGGGAAAACCAAAGAAACCAAGGAGCACACACAUACACAUGAUGUUCCAUUCCAUCCCAUCGGGCCGUCGCCAUCGUUGCAAUGGCAUCUCAGACACUUAGAAACUGUCAGUCGCAACUCAUUUUCAAUUCAAUUCCUUUUCACCAUUUUUGAUUUAUUCCUUUCUUUCUUCUUCACAUUAUCCAAAAUUUUCUUCACCAAGUGAACGUCUCAGCCUCAGAAACUAUGUCCUCCACUAUCAACACUUCAGACGGCCAUAACCAUGUUCAAGAUCAAGAAUCUAUUACCAUCCCUUUACUUCGUGGCCAAAGAUCUCCCACCAAUUCCUUCUCUCAAGUCGCCAUCGUCGGCUCUUAUGUCUGCCCCAUAGAAAGCCUUGAUUAUGAGAUUGCUGAGAAUGAUUUUUUCAAGCAAGACUGGAGAACUCGUGGGAAAGUCCAGAUUUUUCAGUAUACAUUUAUGAAGUGGUGUCUGUGUUUUUUGAUUGGGUUAAUUGUUGGGCUUAUUGGGUUCUUCAAUAAUAUUGCUGUUGAGAAUAUUGCAGGGAUCAAGUUUGUUGUUACUUCUAAUAUGAUGUUAGCCUCCAAGUACGGAUUAGCAUUUCUAGUGUUUUCUGUAUCUAAUUUAGUACUCACCCUCUUGGCGGCUAUCAUCACUGCCUUUAUUGCCCCGGUGGCCACAGGUUCCGGUAUCCCCGAAGUCAAGGCUUACCUGAAUGGAGUGGAUGCGCCGGGUAUACUUUCCUUUCGAACUAUGAUUGUUAAAAUUUUUGGAAGCAUUUUUGCGGUGUCAUCUUCUCUUCUAAUUGGAAAGGCAGGCCCCAUGGUGCACACUGGUGCAUGUGUUGCAUCACUUCUGGGGCAGGGUGGGUCAAUUAGAUAUGGCCUGACAUGGAAAUGGUUACGUUUGUUUAAAAAUGACCGGGAUAGGCGAGACCUUGUAACGUGUGGAUCCGCUGCUGGAAUUGCUGCUUCUUUCCGCGCUCCAGUUGGUGGUUUGCUAUUUGCUCUUGAAGAAAUGGCAUCUUGGUGGAGAAGUGCCCUUCUGUUGAGAGCUUUCUUCACAACUGCUGUUGUUGCUAUUCUGCUCAGGGCUCUUAUUGAUGUUUGUUUAAGUGGAAAGUGUGGGCUUUUCGGUAAAGGGGGGCUGAUAAUGUAUGAUGCAUAUUCAGCAAACAUUUCGUAUCACCUUGUGGAUCUUCCACCUGUGCUUGUUCUUGGAGUUCUAGGGGGCAUAUUGGGGAGUUUCUACAAUUUUCUUCUGGAGAAAGUUCUCCGGGUUUACAAUCUUAUUAAUGAGAAAGGGGUUGCUUAUAAAGUCUUUCUUGCACUGUCAAUCUCAAUCUUCACAUCCUGUCUUCUCUUUGGAUUACCGUGGUUUGCAAAAUGCCUUCCUUGCCCAUCUGAUGUAAUAGAACAAUGUCCAACUAUAGGAAGGUCUGGGAACUACAAGAAAUUCCAAUGCCCUCCUGGUCACUACAAUGAUCUUGCUAGCCUCAUUUUUAAUACAAAUGAUGAUGCUAUCAGAAACCUUUUUAGUGCUGGCACUGAUUCGGAGUUUCAGUAUUCGACAAUAAUUAUUUUUUUUAUCACCUGCUUUUUUUUAAGUAUUCUUAGCUAUGGGAUUGUUGCUCCUGCUGGUCUCUUUGUACCUGUCAUCGUUACUGGGGCAUCUUAUGGGCGUUUUGUUGGAAUGUUAGUUGGUACUGACACAAGACUUAAUCAUGGCCUCUAUGCUGUGCUAGGUGCUGCGUCAUUACUUGGCGGAUCUAUGAGGAUGACAGUUUCUUUGUGUGUUAUUGUCCUCGAACUGACUGAUAAUCUACUAUUGCUACCCUUGAUAAUGUUGGUUCUGCUAGUUUCAAAGACUGUAGCAGAUGCUUUUAAUGGCAACAUAUAUGACCUUAUCAUGAAGGCAAAAGGCUUUCCUUAUCUAGAAACUCACGUUGAGCCCUAUAUGAGGCAGCUCACAGUUGCCGAUGUUGUUAUGGGCCCGCUUCAGUUUUUUCAUGGUAUUGAGAAGGUUGGUAACGUGGUUCAUGUUCUCAAAACUACUAGGCAUAACGGGUUUCCUGUGAUUGAUGAACAUCCGGCAUCUGAAAAAACAGUUCUCUAUGGUUUAAUCCUUCGGGCUCAUCUUCUUACAUUGCUAAAGAAGAAAGCUUUUUUGUCUACUCCAGAGCCAGUUGGCAUAGAAGCUUUUACACAGUUCUCAGCAGUGGAUUUUGCAAAGAGGGGCUCAGGCAAUGUUGACAACAUAGAAGACAUCCACUUAUCAUUGGAAGAGAUGGAAAUGUUCUUAGAUUUGCAUCCUUUUACGAACGCAUCACCUUAUACUGUUGUGGAGACAAUGUCACUAGCAAAGGCUCUUGUUCUUUUUCGAGCGGUUGCUUUGAGGCACCUGCUGGUGAUACCUAGGACCUCUGGUAGAUCGCCUGUGGUGGGUAUAUUGACAAGGCACGAUUUCAUGCCGGAACAUAUAUUGGGUUUGCAUCCUUUGCUUGGAAGGAGUAGGUGGAAAAGGUUAAGAAUUCGCAUCCCCCAAAUACUCAACAUCUUUUAGAAAAUCUCAGCGAAGCGUGGGAGCACACCUUUCAAAGGAAGACCAUAAAUAGUCUUAUUCAGCAGCAUUCAAUUAUAUCCUAUCCAGAGCUGAAGAUAAGCAAAUGGGUGCAUGUCGGCAUGGCUUUAGAGGGUGUCUGAGUUGGUGAUUCUCUGAUGAGAUAAGCGACUGUGCACUUUUUUACUGCUAGUGUACAAAUUUCUUAUUGCCUCACCUAAGAAUUUUUCGUUGAAAUGGUUUGUUAAAGGACUUUUAGAAUUGAGAUGAUGAGGUGUUGUAUGGUAGCCUGCUUUCAAAUGAAUCAUGGGAAGUAUAGUUGUUAAAAACUCA